AUUCUAAAAAAAAGUCUUUAAAAUAGAUCAAGUAGCCCACAGAUAGGAUAAUAAUUUUAGGAUCAUGUCUUCGUCCAUAUUACGCAAGAGUUUACAGUUAUUUGAUGAAGAGGACCAGGAGGGGAAAGGCAGUCUGAAGAAAAGAAAAGGAGCUUCAAAAGAUGUUAGAAUCAUGGAGGACUCUUCAAAGCGAGGCAUCAAGAAGCGCAAGAAGAAACAACAAACCAACAAAGCCAAGACAAAGCGCUCAAAGGAAUCAGCUCUAGAGACAUACAACAGAAAUAAAUCCCUGGACUUUACUGAGGAAUCUCUGCAUUAUCUCAACAUGAUUUCGAAUAUUGGAGGAAAACCUGAUUCCAAGACUGUAAAUACUAUUUUGGAACAUAACAAGGGGAGAUCAUCCAAGAACCGCAAGGAAAUGGAGACCAAACCAGCAUCAGAGUCUAUAUUUAGUGAGAAGGACUUUGAGGAUUUUAAGAAAGAAUAUUUAAAUUCAUGACAUGUACAUGUAUAUCUAUCAUUAUGAUUGUGUUUAUAUUUAAAUUCAUGAAAUGUACAUCUAUCAUUAUGAUUAUGUUUUAGAAAUAAGUAUUGACAGUUUGAAUGUGGUACACACAUAAUUUAAUAUUAUUGCAUUAAACAAAAUCUGUGACUUGGGAUACUGCUACCAUUUGUUUUCUAAGACUUGGGAGGUUUCUAAUUUCUGAUGAAUAUUUAUGUGAAGACACUUCCAUAGUUCAUGAAGUGAAGGGUCAAUGCAUUUACAUACGGAUUUUGGUUUGCACAGUUGGGACUAGAAAACUGUCAAUUCUCCGUUAUGACCCAAUACUGAAUGAUGAAUAAAUGAAAGGUACUGGUAUAUAAUAUUACUGAUCCGUGCAUUUUUUCCAAAUAAAAAUGUCCAAAGAU